UACAAAGUGGCAACUGUCACACCGGUUAAGUGGUUUGAGUUCGGGCUGCAAUCACAAGACACCCAAACCAAAAGACAAACUAGAUAAAUAACAUAAUUAUAUUCCACUGCCACCGAAUCCCACCCAGCGGCAAUGUCGUGGGUCUCCGACUACAAGUACACCUGGACGGAGCGGCUCGCGAUGCGGACGCUGCGCGCCUGCGGCCACAUUCCGCACCACGUCGCCUUCGUGAUGGACGGCAAUCGGCGGUUUGCCCGCUCGCAGCAGAUAGACAAGAUCGAGGGCCACUCGCGGGGAUUCGCGAAGCUGGCGGACUGCCUGCGCUGGUGCCUGGACGUGGGAGUCCGCGAGGUGACCACCUUUGCAUUCAGCAUCGAGAACUUCAAGCGUUCUAGCGAGGAGGUCGAAGGUCUGUUCAAUUUGGCCCGCGAAAAGUUCGCCCGCUUGCUGGAGGAGACUGCCCGCCUGGACGAGCACGGGAUCCGCAUCCGGAUCAUUGGGAAUAUCGAACUGUUGCCCCUGGACCUGCAGAAACUGGUGGCCUCGGCCAUGUUGAGCACGGAGCGCAAUGGCAAGCUCUUUCUCAACGUGGCCUUUGCCUACACGUCACGGGACGAGAUUACGCAGGCCGUAGAGACGGUCCUGCGGCACGGGUGUGAGGAUCUGGCCGCGGAGGACAUCAGCGAGCGGCUGCUGGAGGAGUGUCUCUACACGCGACACUCGCCGCCGCCGGAUCUGGUGUUCCGUACCUCCGGGGAGACCAGGCUGAGCGACUUCAUGAUGUGGCAGCUGAGCACCUCUGUGCUGUACUUCAGCAAUGUCCUGUGGCCGCAAAUCACGUUCUGGCACUUCCUGGCCAGCAUUGUGGCCUACCAGCGCGACCGCUGGCAGCUGGAGGACUUCCGUCGGGAGAGGAGGAUGGAGAGCGUCCAGCUAGCUAAAACCAGCGGCUUCUACAGCGAGCGGGUGCAGAAGUUCCUGGCCAUCAUCGAUGAGGACCGGCGGAAACUGCUCGUGCGACUGGCUGCGAACUAACGUCCUUAGCUCCCACCGAUUUCUUCAUGUGCAUGUUUGUGAUACAAGUGGGGAAUAAAUCCGUGCAAAUACCAUAUAUAUAUACGUACAGCUGCGACGGACUUGCAGCCUCCUUCACAAGUCUUUCACGUUUCAAUCUGUGUUACCUUGGAGAUUUCUUCACCGCAAUGCACUGUUUAAGACGUUCAACUGAUUUGUGGCCGAUUUGUGCGCUUACAUAGCUUAUUUGCAAUUUUCAGUUUAAAAAUAAGUACCAUAAAGUGUUUACCUUCCGUUUGAUUAGUAAAUUAUAAAAAUGAAAAAUUA